AUGGCUCCCGGGGCGCUUCGCCUCUCUCGAGAAGGGUUUACCGCUGAUGUGACCGGCAAAUUUAUCCAGCGAACGCUGCUGAGCCCCUGGAAGACGGUGCCCCUGAUCCUGCUGGCAUAUUAUACGGCCAAAGGCAAAGAGAUCGCUCGGAACCACCCGCGAAGCCUCCAGGUCCUCCAACUGCUUGCCUCGCUUGCGGUCCUCCGUCGCAUCAACGCAUGGGUCAAUCGGCGCGUUUUGAACAAUGGCACUUCGGACCGGUACUACUGGAAUCGCGAAGUGGUGGUGUUGACGGGCGGUAGCAACGGAAUCGGCAAACAGGUAGCCAUUCUGCUAGGACAUCGCGGGAUCAAAGUCGCCGUGCUCGAUAUCAAUCCGCCCGAAGACGAGCUCCCUCCUACGGUCCGCUACCACCAGUGCGAUAUCACCUCACCGGCGGCGAUCGCAGAGGCAGCGACCAAGAUCCGCACCACGAUGGGCGACCCGACCGUCCUGAUCAACAACGCUGGUUUGUGCAGCGGCCGUACCAUCCUCAACAGUACCGAGGCGCAGACUCGUCUGCAGUUCGACGUCAACACGCUGGCGCACUACUGGCUGGCCCGCGAGUUCUUGCCCGCCAUGGUCCAGCGCAACCACGGCAUGGUGGUCACCGUGGCCUCGCAGGCGGGAUACACCGUUACGCCGAACAUGGUGGACUACUCGGCCACGAAGGCGGCGGCCAUCGCGUUUCAUGAAGGGCUGGGCGCGGAGCUGGUGACGAGGUAUCAGGCGCCGCGGGUCCGCACCGUGCUUAUCACCCAGGGCUUCACUAAGACGGCGUUCAUCAAGGACCUGACUCCUGAGGAUACGUGGUUGAAUCCGCUACUGCAUCCCGAGACGGUCGCUGAGGAGAUCGUGAAUCAGGUUCUCACCGGCUCGAGUGGACAUGUUGUCGUGCCGGGGUCGAGUGGAUGGUUGGCGAAGAAUCUUCGUGGAUUUCCAUUGUGGUUUCAGCAUCUGUUGAGAUUGCGGUUGGAGCGCCUGAUGCGGACUUCUGAUUAG